AUAUAAACAGACCAUAAAACUAGAACAAUUUACCAUAAAGAAGAAACAUAAUAACACACUACCUUUUCUGGAUUAUGGCCCAGAAAUUAUGAAAUGCGAGGUACACAAAAACUUGUGGUUCAGAUGAUACACCAACUGAGUUGCUCAAAACUAAUAGAGAAUGAUAACAUAAAAGUAGUAGUAAGACUUUUUAAUUCUAUAUAUAACACCGGAGUGAUUCCCGCAGAUUGGCUCAAAUCCAUCUUUGUCACAAUACCUAAAAAACACAAUGCGAGAAAAUGCUCAGAAUAUCGAUUAAUUAGCCUAAUGAGCCACACUCUUAAAAUUUUCCUCAGAAUACGUCACAAAAGAAUUAGACGCAAAUGCGAAGAAGAUCUUGAAGAUACCAAUUUUGUUUUAGAAAUGCUAUGGGAACCAGGGAGGCACUUUUUGCAUUUAACAUCCUGUUAAAAAAAUGUCGUGACCAAAGAAAAGAUGUAUUUGCAUGUUUCGUGGACUUUGAAAAGACAUUCGAUAAAGUACAGCAUGUAA